AUGGCCGCUUCAUCGCAGUUGCAGUUGCCUCGGCAUGGCUGGGAUGCCGAGAAUUCCGGUCUGCUACAGGACUUCCCUGCCUGGGACACUGUCAUGCCCUUCCAGCUUCAGUAUCCCGCGAAGGCUGCUGAGAUGAAAAUGGUUGAGCAUCCCCGCAUGUUUGGAGUAGACGGCCCAGCUCCGUGCACCGUACGGAAUUGUCGUCGUGACGACGGCCUUGUACAUCUUCAGUUUGAUGUGCAGUUGAAGGCCCAGUCGAUUCCACACGAAGGCCUGCAGCGCACCGAAGGCCUGGUUGGCUUUGCAAAGCCGACUGACGACCUCGUCGUCGGUUCUUAUGCCUCGCGAGAGGGUGCUUCCUAG